ACCUACAUGCCCAACCAGUUCAACCACGACACGCAGGACGAGGCCGGGCUGGAGGUGCACCAGUUCUGGCCGCUGGUGGAGAUCCAGUGCUCCCCGGACCUGCGCUUCUUCCUCUGCAGCAUGUACACCCCCAUCUGCCUGUCCGACUACACCAAGCCGCUGCCUCCCUGCCGCUCCGUCUGCGAGCGGGCCAAGGCCGGCUGCUCGCCCAUCAUGCAGCAGUACGGCUUCGCCUGGCCCGAGAGGAUGAGCUGCGACAGCCUGCCUGUUCUGGGGGACUCCGAGGUGCUCUGCAUGGGAUACAACCACACGGAAGCCACCACCCUGCCACCUUUCUUCGGGAAGCCCACGCGCCCUGCCAAGGAUGUGGCCAAAAACCUGACACCGCUCGAUGGCCAGCGGCCCUCGGGGCUGGACUGUGGUCAGACUUGCAAGUGCAAAGCGCCCCUGAUCCCCAUCUCCAAGGAGUCCCAUCCACUCUACAACCGCAUCAGGACUGGGAAGGUACUGAACUGUGCCAUCCCCUGCUACCAGCCCUACUUUACCCAGGAUGAGAAGACCUUUGCCACCUUCUGGAUUGGCCUCUGGUCCAUCCUCUGCUUCCUCUCCACCUCUACCACUGUGGCCACCUUCCUUAUUGACAUGGAGCGCUUCAAGUACCCUGAGCGCCCCAUCAUCUUUCUCUCUGCUUGCUACCUCUUCGUCUCUGUGGGCUACAUCGUGCGUCUGGUGGCAGGGCAUGCCAACGUGGCUUGCAACCCGGAGCACCACCACAUCCAUUAUGAGACCACGGGCCCUGCUCUCUGCACCGUGGUUUUCCUUCUCCUCUACUUUUUCGGCAUGGCCAGCUCCAUCUGGUGGGUCAUCCUGUCCCUCACCUGGUUCCUGGCAGCUGGCAUGAAGUGGGGCAAUGAGGCCAUUGCUGGCUACUCACAGUACUUCCACCUGGCUGCCUGGCUCAUCCCCAGCGCCAAAUCCAUUGCUGUACUGGCACUCAGCUCCGUGGAUGGUGACCCGGUGGCUGGGGUUUGCUAUGUGGGCAACCAGAGCCUGGAGAACCUGCGGGGCUUUGUGUUGGCACCACUAGUGGUUUAUCUCUUCACUGGCAGCCUCUUCCUGCUGGCUGGUUUUGUCUCACUCUUCCGCAUCCGCAGUGUGAUCAAGCAGGGCGGCACCAAAACUGACAAGCUGGAGAAGCUGAUGAUCCGCAUCGGCAUCUUCACCGUGCUCUACACUGUGCCCGCCACCAUCGUCAUCGCCUGUUACAUCUACGAGCAGCACAACCGGGAGGCGUGGGAGCAGGCGCAGAACUGCUCCUGCCCGGGGGACCCUCACCGCCCCAAGCCUGACUAUGCCGUCUUCAUGCUCAAGUACUUCAUGUGCCUUGUGGUGGGCAUCACCUCCGGUGUUUGGAUCUGGUCUGGGAAGACACUCGAGUCCUGGAGGCGCUUCACUGCCCGGUGCUGCCGGGCUAGAAAGCCUGUGGGCGCCUCUGUGUAUGGUGAGGCCAGCCCGGCGCUGGCGGGCAGGACGGUGCUGCCCAGCAUGGCCUCCUACCACAAGCAGGUCCCACUGUCCCACGUGUGACCGGAGGGAGCCUCAGUGACCCCAGCCACAGGGAGGAGAGGGUUGCA